AUGAAAUUAUACCCACACAAGUAUUUUCCUAACACUGUAAAAUGCAUGCUGGCAGCAUAUAUAUACAGUAUCCAAGUAGAGCUAUGUGAUGACUUUUUGUUUACGAGAAAUUUCGACGUGGAGAAGGCCUUUUUUGUGAGUAAGAAACCAUUGUUGGUGUUUGGAAAUAAUUACAUAAGUUCAACGAAGGCUAUUUGUUUUUUUUUGCAUCGAUUGAGAAAUGAGGGAAGUAAGAAAUGCAUGGAUGAUAAACUUAGGUUGUAUAUGACAUGGAUAGAAUGGAGUGAGAUUCUUGAAAGGAAUGUCGAAGCACUGAAUAAGAAACGUAUAAUUGGUAGUCUCGAUGAAUUGGAUAAUUACCUAAAGGAUCAUAGGAGUAAAAAAUUUAUAUGCAGUAAGGAAAAUGUUGCAAAUGGAGAAAAUUUAGGAAAUGCUAAGGAUCCAUCGGAAGAUGAUAAGGAUCAGAUGACAUUAGCAGACAUAUUUGUUUACACAUCUCUAAUCCAUUGCAACAUUGAAGUAUGUAGAGAAAGCUGGGUCUAUAUAAAUGAAUAUAUUGAAAAAAUAAAUAAAUUGGAUUACGUACAAAAAGUAAUAAAAAAUGUCGAAAACAUUUAUAGAUAUAAGCAUAUAUACAAUUUAUAUAUUUCAAAAAUAUACGAAAAGAAUAUCAAUAUACAUUUAAAGAAUGAAAAGUUUUACAUUACCACUGCAAUUAAUUAUGUAAAUGGAGAACCACACAUUGGUCAUGCAUAUGAAGUAGUAAUAGCAGAUGCAAUUGCAAGGUAUCAUAAGAAUAUAGGUAGGGAUACUUUUUUCACAACAGGUGCAGAUGAGCAUGGAUUGAAGAUAGCUAACCAAGCAGCUAGAAAUAACAUGAGUCCGAAGGAACUAUGUGAUAAAAAUGUGUUAAAAUUUAAAGAAUUAAACAAACUAUUAAAUAUAAAUGAAGAUUAUUACGUAAGGACAACGAACGAUGAUCAUAAAAAAAUAACACAAGAUAUUUGGACUACUUGUGAAAAAAAUGGGGAUAUAUACUUGGGGGAAUAUGAAGGAUGGUAUAAUGUUCGUGAAGAGACCUAUAUCCCAGAGAAUGAAGCGAAAUUAACGAAUUAUAUGGAUCCUUUAAGUAAAACAAAACUAGAAAAAAUGAAAGAGCCUUCUUAUUUUUUUAAAAUGUCAAAAUAUCAGGAUAGACUAAUUGAAUAUAUACAUAAGAAUCCAGAUUUUAUACAACCAGAACAGAAAAGAAAUGAAAUUUUACAAAGAUUGAAGGAACCAUUAGCUGAUUUGUCAUGUAGUAGAACGAAAUUUACUUGGGGAGUUCCAGUUCCAAGUGAUAACAAACAUGUUAUGUAUGUAUGGAUGGAUGCAUUGUUAAAUUAUUAUUCAAAUUGUUUAAUUGUUAAGGAUAAAGCUAAAUAUUGGCCAGCUGAUUUACAUCUAAUUGGGAAAGAUAUAGUUUGGUUUCAUACUGUUAUAUUACCAACUAUUCUCAUGUCAGCAAAUUUAGAAUUGCCAAAAAGUGUGUUUUGUCAUGGUUUUGUAUUAGCUGGAGAUGGAAAAAAAAUGUCGAAAUCAUUGGGUAAUGUGAUAAAUCCAUUCGAAAUAAUAGAUUGCUAUGGAUCUGAUGCUUUCCGUUUUCAUAUAAUUAAAGAAACGAAAAGGGGAUUUGAUAUGAGAUUUGACAUUGACAAUCUCGUUGAUAUGUGUAAUUCAGAUUUGGCAGAUACUAUUGGAAAUUUAGUGCAAAGGACUUUAUCUCUAUGUCAAUUAGCCAAUAAUUCAAAAAUACCACCCAUGUUUGAAGAAUAUACUUUAGAUUUACCAUUUAGUCUUUUACACUUUAUUAACAGGAUAGAAUUUCAUAUGAGAACAUAUUGUGUACAACUAUGUUGUGAAAAAACUGUGAAUGUUUGCAAAGAUUUAAAUAAAUUCCUCACAGAAUUAGCGCCAUGGAAAUAUAAAAAUGAAUAUAAUAAUAAAAAGUUACAUAUUAUAAGAAUUAUGAUGGAGGUUAUUUAUAUUAUUGCGCAUUAUAUCGAUGUUAUAACACCAGACAUUGCUAACCAAAUAUUUGAAAAAUUAAAUACUCCAAAAAAAUCUAUUGUUGAACUGGAUCCAUGGUUAAAUAAUCUCCAAGAAGGGGUUCAAAUUUAUAAUGAUAAAAUUUUGUUUAAGAAAUUUCAAGUGGAAAGUGUUAAAUCAAAAAUACAAAGAGUAGUUAUGCGUGUUUGUAAAAUUACAAGUAUUAUAAAAAAUGAAGAAAGUAAAAAAAGAGCCACCAUCUGUGAAAUAGAACUAGAUGAUCAUGAGAAACAUCUCGCUGUUAUUUAUCUCCCCUUUAAACCAGGCUAUGUCAAUAUGUUAACAAUUGCAAUUUUGAACAUUAAACCAAUUAUAAUUAAUAAUAUCACAGUUAAUGCUAUUAUCCCUCAUGUCAAUAGGGAAACAUUCAUCCUUAACGAUGAAAUGGAUUUGCAAAUGGGUACUUUGAUAAAGGCAAAAAAUUACAAAACACUUGUUAAGCAACGAGAUAAUUUGACCAAGAAGGAGAUUAAUUCAUUGGAACUUUCCCUCAUUAAUGGAAUAUGCUUUUUUGAGAAAAGUGUACCCUUGGUUUUUGCUGCAUCUGAUAAGCCCUUAUACCAUACUGUAGAGAAAUCUGGGCCCAUCAAAUUUUUUUGA